AUGUAAAUGCUGUUGAAACAAAUCUGACAUAUAAAAGUCAAAUAACAGUAUAUACAAUUUAAACAAAAUUCCUUUGGUGAUGAAAGUGGAGAUUAUUGACAUUGACUUGGAAAUAUAGCUUUAAUGAAUUCUGGAGGACAGGAGGCAUCUUUCUCAGGGUUGUAGCUAUUUGCCAGAUAGUGUUUUAGUGCUUAAGUUGCAUUGUUUCAUAAGAGAGCCUGAGAGCAAUAUAUCUAUUCAAAAUAAUGAUAACACUAUUUUGGAGACAUUUUUCACUAGAGAGCCUAUCAUAUAAUUGGUAUCAGAUAAUUGGUGCUGUAGGGUUUGGAGUGUUGGUGAAUUUCUAGUAAGUAAUUCUUUUUCAUUUCCCUCAAGGAGGAGCAAGCUUUAAAGAGAAAAAAGUAGCAUGGAAAAAUAAAUUAUGUACUGAUUAGCAGGAGAGAUACCCCAUGUUACCCCACCACCAGAAGAGUCUGGGCAGAGACUGGACUACACCGUGGGAGAAUCUGCAAAAGUGUUGCUGGAACAGACAUAUUUCUAGUUGUAUGAGGUGGCCUGGACAUUAUUCUCGUGCUCCUUACCCAUACUUCAGUAGUAGGCAUUUCUCACUAAAUUGGCGACCACCUUGUUUGUUUGAGUCUAGAGCUCCGUUUCAGUACUGGAACUGGAGACCUGACAGCCUGAGCCAGACUUCUUUGAUUCAUCUCUCUAGUUACAUCAUGAACUCUGAGGGAGAUGAGCCUUCAUCAAAACGAAGAAAACACCAAGGCACAAUACAGCGGCAUUGGGAAUAUAUAUGUAACCAUAAUAAAGAAAACACGAAGAUCCUAGGAGACGAAAAUGUUGACCCCAUAUGUGAAGACAGUGAGAGCAAGUUUGACUUUUCAGUGAUGUCUUAUAAUAUACUGUCACAAGAUUUACUGGAAGACAAUUCACACCUUUAUAAACACUGCCGGCGGCCAGUAUUACACUGGAGUUUUAGGUUUCCCAAUAUUCUGAAAGAAAUUAAACACUUUGAUGCAGAUGUACUUUGUUUGCAAGAAGUUCAAGAAGAUCAUUAUGGAACCGAGAUCAGGCCAAGUUUGGAAUCACUGGGUUAUCACUGUGAAUACAAGAUGCGGACAGGAAGGAAGCCUGACGGCUGUGCCAUUUGCUUCAAACAUUCCAAGUUCUCACUCUUGUCAGUGAACCCCGUGGAAUUCUACCGUCGCGAUGUUCCUCUACUGGACAGAGACAACGUUGGAUUAGUGUUGCUCUUGCAGCCCAAGAUUCCAAGCGCCGCCUCCCCUGCCAUCUGUGUAGCUAACACACAUCUGUUGUAUAACCCGAGGCGAGGUGACAUUAAGCUGACCCAAUUGGCAAUGCUUCUGGCAGAGAUUUCCAGUGUUGCCCAUCAGAAAGAUGGCAGCCUCUGCCCCAUUGUUAUGUGUGGGGACUUCAAUUCUGUUCCUGGUUCUCCACUCUAUAGUUUUAUUAAGGAAGGAAAAUUGAAUUAUGAAGGACUUGCCAUAGGAAAGGUAUCUGGCCAGGAACAGUCUUCACGGGGACAAAGAAUUUUAUCUAUUCCAAUUUGGCCCCCAAACCUAGGUAUCUCACAGAACUGUGUGUAUGAGGUACAGCAGUUACCAAAAGUAGAAAAGCCAGACGGUGAUCUGACACAGACAGAGCCGGACAAGACAGAGGUCCUGGUAACAGCGGAAAAGUUAUCUUCAAAUUUACAGCACCAUUUCAGCUUGUCAUCUGUUUAUUCACAUUAUUUUCCUGACACUGGAAUCCCAGAAGUGACCACCUGUCAUUCCCGAAGUGCCAUAACUGUGGAUUAUAUUUUCUAUUCUGCUGAAAAGGAAGGUGUUGCAGAGCAGCCAGGAGCUGAAGUUACUUUGGUUGGUGGCUUGAAACUUCUAGCCAGACUGUCACUUCUUACAGAAGAAGACUUAUGGACUGUUAAUGGACUUCCAAAUGAAAAUAACUCUUCGGAUCAUCUGCCUUUAUUGGCUAAAUUCAGACUUGAGCUCUGACUUUUGAUUACAUAUAUACUUUGCGUUCCCAUUUGGUUUUUUUUUCCCCCAAAGAGUUCUUAAGAGUUUGCAUGUUUAUUUAUUUUUACGCUAUGAAAUUUCUGAAGAGGUUUAUGUUAAAUGUUUGAAACAGGUAACAGAAGAAACAAGUUUACACUUUUUUUUUUUAAUAAUGAAAAAAUAUUUUCCUGACAAGUGAGAUCUAAAUGCUGUUGAUUGCAAAAAAAAAAGUUGUAAAUAUUUAUUCUAAAUCCCAGUAAAAUUGACAGUGAUUUUUAAAUACGGCUCAACUUCUUUAGUCUUUUAGGAAAGAAUUUCGUGUUUUUAGCAAGCUUUAAGGUGGAUCCAAAAUAUCUUUUGAGUUCUUGCAAACCACAACUCAUUCCCUUGCAGAAGGCCUGAUUUCAUCAAUAGGAUCAUGUCUGUUGAGUCCUAACUCAUUCAUCUCAGAAAUUAUUGGGUUGUUCACAAGUAUCUAACCAUUUUAGUUUGUCUUUGAUGGGGCUUGAUAGUACUUUUUAGAACUGUACAAAUUGCUUAAUCCAUUUUAUUACCAUCCUGAGCCAUGUAAUGUGCCUACAUUUUAUUGGGAAAAUGUAGGUCACCGUAACUAGUGGGAUGAGGUGUUUUGGACAAGCCCACCCUCCAUCCUAUAGUGGACUGUAUAGGAUGCCUAAGAGAGUCAUUCUGGGGUCAUGCCUUGGGUUUCCCUAGUAAUUUUUUUUUUUUUAAUUUAGUUUCAAGAAAAGAUUCUGGAUUGAAGGAAAGAUUUUACUUUACCGAACCAAUCCUGUAGAAAUUUAUUAGGAAACUUGUAUUUGGAACAAAGUGGCAGCUAUAAGAUUCUUUUUAUUUGCCUCAGAAAUAAGAGCAAGCCAGCAGAACUCUAGAGGGGAGAUAUUAACUUGGAGACCUAAGACUCUUUAAUAGUUGAUAUUAACUGUUUUGUUGUGGUUCAACUGUUGUCGUUUCUAUAAUGUUUUGGGUUUCUGUCUUUUUUUAUCAUGAUUCAGCAGUGUGAGAUGGUGCUGGUCUUUUUUAUAAAGUUGGUUAAGAGUGGGUCUGAAAAAUCCUGCAGUUGGCUCUUAAUGAGUGUUUGAAUCAUUUUAAAACCUAAGUGAAAAUUUACUCUUUUCUAGAAUUGGGAUCAAAGAACUAUGUACAUUUUUACUAAGUAAUUUUAUAUUGAAUUAUUCUGAAUUAUAAAAGUUUUUUACAGUGGGUUUUCUGAAUAGAAUGCUUCAUUUUAAAUUAGCAGCAGUAGUUACUUUAUAGGCUCGGACUUUUUCUACUGAAGUAUUUACAACAAUUAUUAAAAAAUAAAUAAACCAGAUAAAUACCCCCCAAAAGUAUGUGGGUUGUAAGGAUUUGCCUAGUAAAAGUUAGUGUUAUAGAAAUACUUCUGUUUAUUGUGUCACUUUUUUUUUUAACUUAACAGUAUUAACCGUAUAGUUCUAGGAUUUUCCACAUUUUGUAGUAACAGUUUUCAAAGUAUUACACGUUCUGAUUAGCAGAUAUUGUCAUCAGCAAAUGGUAACAGCAGAUAGUAUUUUUAUCCCUUUUAGUAUUAGGGAAAGAAAAAUGAAGAUUCAUGGAUAAGUAUGUUGUGUUGUAUGAAUUUGUUAACAACUAACUUUAUAUAUAGGUAUUCUUGAUAAACGAACAUCCCUGAAAACCUCUGAAAACUUAUUUUUUUGUAUCCUGAUUAAUAUAUUGUGAUUUUAGGCCCUUUUCACGUACUUCACUUUGAGUUAAUCCCAUAAAAUUGCUUUCAACUUUAGCUUAUAGAAUGAAGUAGUAGUAUGUGUACUGUAGGCCAAGGAAUCCUUUGUAACUUUCUCACAGGCUUUUAAAGCUCCACUAAAAUUAACUGUCCAUGUGUCUUUACUUUGUUUGAUCAGAAGAGUUAAUAACUGUUGGAGCCUUGUAUUUACCUGCCAUAAGCAAUUAAAUUUGGUUAAUUGCUGAAACCAAAUCUCCCCAUCUCACCUGCUGUGCUAUCCAGGUUUUAAAUGGAAAGGGAUAUAUUGCAGAAUUGCAGUAAUGAAAUUUUGGUUUUACUAUAGCUUUUGAUAUCAGUAGGUGUGUUUGAAAUUGUCUUUUCUGGAAUUUAGCAACUUGUCUGCUCUUAACCCUUUGCUUUCCUAAAAACACUAAGUUAGAGAUCCAGAGUUCAAAGGGUUGGAAAAACAUUCACUUUGUCAAGUCAUUUGCACUUUGUCCAUGUAAGUUACCUAAUAAAUUAUUGUACUAGUA